AUGCAUUAAUGUGUUAUAAAUGUAAUUCAAGUGAAAUAGAAAAAUGUGCUACAGAACCUGGAUUAGGUUUACCAAUUGAAGAAUGUGCUAAAGAUCAAAUAUCUUGUAUAACAAGAAUAACUGAGAAUGGUCAUGUAAUCCGGGAUUGUACAGAUGGAAAUCAUACUGAAAUUAUUCAACCUUUUGAUAUAUGUAACAGUACACUUUGUAACAGAAAUAUCUUUCCAGCCGAUAGAUUAAUGUGCUAUAAUUGUGAAGGUGAAGAUUGCUUUCAACCAACAAAUAAAUAUUUUCCACAAAUAUGUCCUAUAUAUCGAAAAAAUGAUAAAUGUUUUACACAAAUAAUUGAUGAAAUUGAUGCUGUUCGAGGUUGUGCAUCAAGUCAUGAAUUUUUACCGCCAUUUGCUGUUACUUGCCUUGAAAAUGGAUGUAAUCGUGAACCUGGUUUAAUCGAAUAUAAUUGUUUAGAAUGUAAUUCUGUAUCAGAUAAAAAUUGUAAAUCCAUAUCAUCACCAAUAAAAAAAUGUAAUUUUACAAUGUUACUAGGUCGUACAGACCCAACAUGCUUUACAUAUCAUAAGAAUGAUAAUGUAAUUAGAGGUUGUUAUAGAGAUAGUGGAAAACUUGGACUUGAAGAAGAUUUUUUUAAAGCAUGCAAUGGUGAAGAAUGUAAUAAUAAAAUUAUACCAGUUGCAAAAUGUGUAGUUUGUGGUCCUGGCACCUCUGAUCCAAAUUGCGAAAAAAAUAAAAUUGAAGUAUGUGAAGAAAAUAUAUCAUCCUGUUAUUCUUGUUUGAUUAAAUCAAAUAACUAUCAACGAGGCUGUGGUAUACCAUUGUUACAAAAUAACGACAAGAAUAUUAGUUGCUAUGAAUGCCAAAAUGAAGACGGUUGCAAUACAAAACCUUUUAGAAAGUGUUAUAAUUGUAAUUCAAAAACAAAUCCAAAUUGUGCUGGUCAUUUAAAUUUAACAAAUACUGAAAUUGAAAUUUGUCAAUCAAGUAAUGCGUCAUGUUUAACAACUGUUAAUGGAUAUGGUCAUACGGAGCGUGGUUGUCUAAGCGAAAAAUUUAAUACCACGCAUAAAGUUAAAGUUGAGAAAUGUUUCGAAAAUUUAUGUAACAGUGAAAUAUUUCCAACUGAUCGUUUACAAUGUUUUAGAUGCAGCGGAAAUGAUGAUUGUAGCUUAAAACAAGAGGAAGAUUGGGCAGAACCAUGCGAAAUAUACGAAAAACAAGAUGGGUGUUUUGAAUUUAUUAAAAAUGAUAAACAAAUUUUCCGCGGAUGCAAAACAGAUCCUGAAUUCAAAAACUGUACAAGUAAUCAACAAUUUGGUUGUCAUCAAUGUCUUGAAAGUAGAUGCAAUAAUAUAACUUUUUUAUUAAAAAAAUCAGAAAGAUCAUGUUAUGUAUGUGAUAAGAAUGAUAAAAGUUGCAAAUGGAGUCAAGAAAAAACCGAAAAUUUGAAAUUUUGUAAAAGAAACGUACCUCUAAAUGCUGAAGAACAAUGUUAUUCUUACAAAUCAAAUAAUGGCGAAAUAAAAAGAGGUUGUGUGUUAGAUGAUGAAAUUUGUUCAAAUGGAAAUAAUGAAAAUUGUACAGUAUGCAAUACAAAUGAGUGUAACAAUAAACUGCAUACUUCUGAAAAAUGUAUACAGAUAGAUUUAGAAAAUGAUGGUGUUAAAAAAUUGGAAAGGACUUUUUGUACUGCUGAAAAACAAACAUACAAUACGCGGGGAUGUUACGCUCAACGAAAAGGUAUUUCGGUUAAGCUUGGUUGUAUAUGUGAUUUAACAACAGAACAAAUUGAAGAAUGCAGGAAUAAUCCAAAAACUUGCUAUAUGUGUACUGACAAUGACUGUGACAACAUGAAAAUACCAGAACGUGAAGGAAAAUCACCAAUUUUAAGUUGUUACAAAUGUAAUGAUGAAGAUGAACACUGCCGGUGGAGACAAAAUAAAUUUUCAAUGCCAUGUAAACAUAACGUUCCACAAAAUGCUUCAGAAAGUUGUUUCGUGCGUAAAGAUUCGCAAGGAAAAAUUGAAAGAGGAUGCAGUUACGAUAGAAAUUUAUGUAUAAAUAGUGAUGAAGAAUUUUGCAAAAUUUGUAACGAAAAUGAUUGUAAUAAUGAAGUAUUAAUUCCACAAGAAUGCAUUCAAGAAAAAUACAAAAAUAACGAAAAAAAAGAAAAUGAAUUGAAGCCUUCCACUUGCGAAAAUCCAAAUCAAUAUUGGACAAACCAAGGAUGUUAUGUCAGAAGAGAUGAAAAUAAUGAUAUUGUAUGGGGUUGCAUCGUUGACCUGAAUGAGGACGCUUUCGUUAACUGCACUGUUAAUGAGAAGUGCAAUCACUGUAUAGGAAAAGCAUGUUCUCAGAUGAAAGUACCGAGCCCCGCAUCAAAACUAUAUUCUUUAGGUUCUAUUGGUAUUGUCCUUGUAUUUUGUUUAAUUAAUAUUUUUUAAG